AUGGAGUGGAGUAUACCUAUAGGUUUGGAGAUCAAUAGAAAGAUAAACAGUGAAAAUAGCCAUUUCUUCAGAAAGAUGUCAGUUACAGAAUUCCCACCUUUGCUCUCUAAUGAAGAGAUGAAAAAGAAUAAAAUCCCAUUGGCCUACCGUGAUAGAUGUGCUGGGUUAUUGGUUCCACUCAAUAAAUGUCGUAAAGAAGGUUGGUAUAUGCCAUGGAAUUGUGUGAACGAACGUCAUGCUUAUGAAGAAUGCCAAUAUUUGGACUUCAAGAGAAGAGUCAAGGAAUUGGAAGAAUUGAAAGAAAAACUUAAACAAGAACAAAAGAGCGAUUAA